UCGAACUAGCCACUUCAAGUAGCUUAUCUUAUCUUAGCACAAUUAUGCAUCUCUAUCACAAAACGCUACUUUUAAGUUAAAACGCUGCAGUACAUCUGGUAGUUGCUGGACAUCCUAUCAGCAGAAAUGAAGGUGAUAGUAGUAAUAGUUCUUGUACUUAGCACAAUCGAAAAGAGUGUUAGUGACAUUGAUUUAAGGUAUGUAGACGAUACUAUCGACCCUUGUGAUGAUUUUCACCAAUUUGCUUGUGGCAACUUUGGUAAAUAUCAUACUAGACCGGAAAACCAGUCCACGUUAGAUCUUUUUACAAUGACAGAAGAUGAGUUAGUAGAAAUUGGAAAAACAAUACUUGGAAGCCCUAAAAAUUCACAGGAUCCUAUUGCUUUAAACAAAGCUAAAUCCGCUUAUCAAGCAUGUGUAAAGACCCCUGAUUAUGAUUAUUACGAUCUUCCUGAAAUCAGCAUCAUUGAAGAAUUUGGUGGGAUGCCUUUGGUAACUAAUGAAAAAGUAGACAAGGUGUCAUUUUCUGAAAUAGCCAAGAUAGCGGGCACAUUUGGAAUUCCUCAGUUAUUUCAGUUUACAGUUAGAAACUCCAACCCCGAUUUUUAUUUACUCAUUAUGUUUCCAGAUAGUUUUGAUCCACCACAGAUGGUCCGACCUCAAUCAAUUCAAACUUAUGAUGAAAUAUUAGAAGAAUCACUAAAAAAGUUUGCCAAAAUUCAAACCAGAUCAUCUGGAGAAGACGAUCCUCUUGAUGUUUUUAUGUUAAAAGUGGCCAAACAUCUUUUCAAGAAAUUUCCAGGGACAUCUGAGGAAGAUCUCAAAAAAGAUUUAGAUGACGUUAAAAAGUUCAUGGGACAACUUUUUAGUGGAGGCAUAGUAGAUGACGAGAUGAUUGAUCUAGAUUCAGCGGUUAAUAUAAGUGAUCUUCAGGACUGGACCCAAAAGCAGUUUGGUGACGAGAUAGAUAUAAACUGGAUCGAUUACCUUAACGAACAUUUAAAGUGGUCCAAUAUUAAUAUUACAGAAGAUUUUACGCUUUAUCUAAUGCCUGCUGAAGCUGUUUAUGGUGUCUUGAAUCUUGUACGUAAAACAGAUCCAAAAGUCGUUAAAAAUUUUGUACUUUUGCGAACUUUUUUGUACAUGGCUCCCGACAGCGACUUACCCAUGAGACAAGCUUUCGAGGAAUACUAUAAAUCUCUGGGUUAUCAAUAUUAUGAAAGAUCAGAUUAUUGUUCCAGAAAAAUAAUGGAUGUUGUGGAUUCGGUUAGUUUAAGUUUUGCUGUAACAAAUAACUUCAUUAGAUAUCAUUUUGACAUAAAUAAGAUCGCUAAAGCAUUUAGAAUCAUUGAUAAACUCAGGGAUAUUUUCAAAAGUGUUAUACCAUCUUUGGACUGGAUUGAUGAUGAAUCACGUAACACUGUUCUUCAGAAAAUCGACAAUGUUGUUGUGUUUUUAGCGUAUCCAGUCUUUACUAACGAUAAAACCAGUCUGGAUCACUUUUAUGAAAAUGUUCGAAUUUGUGAAUGGGAUAACUACGGAAAUGCACGAAGAAUUAGAGCUUUCAAAAAAGCUUAUGCCCUUAGCCAGUAUUUGAACCACGAUCUUUGGACGACCUCUCCAUUUGAAGUUAAUGCAUAUGCUACAAGAGCCAGUAAUAGAAUAAUGGCACCACUUUCGCUUCUUCAGUCGUCAUAUUUUAACGGAAAUGAUCCUGUGUAUGACUACAGCCGUUUCGGAAGCAUAAUUGCUCAUGAGUUUAUUCAUCACUUUGAUAGUGUUGGCGUCAUGUAUGAUAAUGAAGCCUCUUACAACAAUUUGCUAUCAAACGAUAGUAUGGAAAUUUUUGAGACUAAAAUCCAGUGUUUUGUAGACCAAUACAGCAAUUUUUAUGUACCAGAAAUCGACUCUUAUAUUAAAGGUAAUAAAACUCUAGAUGAAAAUACCGCUGACAAUGGAGGAUUAAAACAUGCAUUUGCUGCAUUUAAACAACUCGUCGAUAGUCAACUGAUUGAAAACACUUCUGAAAAGUACACUUUGGAACAACAAUUUUUUAUAAAUUAUGCCACGCAAUGGUGUAGUGACGAUUCGGAUGCAUAUUUAAAAAAAUUGGUAGACAGUAAUGAACAUGCUCCUAAUCGUUAUAGAGUGUUAGGUACGUUGGCUAAUAUGGAUGAAUUUUCUGAGGCUUUCAGUUGUCCAGUUGGAAGUAAAAUGAAUCCAGUUAAUAAGUGCAUAUUGUGGUAAAGGCAACAUGUAACUAAACAAAUAUAUUACUGGCUUCGCCAACUAUUAA